CAAUAGUGGUACUUGGCGUACACACUUUAUAUUUAAACUGAUAUGACGUUUGAGUUUUACUAUAUAUUCUAAAGGAAAAUGGAUCUGGUAAUUAGAGAGACUGAAAAAGGCUGAAGGAAAAACAUCGUGGUUAGGUGGUUAUGGCAAGACUAAUAGAUAAUGUGAAAAAUAUGUCAUCUCCAAAAUUAUUAAGGAAAAUAUCAAUGAGUCGACAGAAGCCGUUUAAAGUAGCUAUCCUAGGACAAAACGGCGUUGGAAAGUCUGCUUUCACAGUUAGAUUUUUGACGAGAAGAUUUAUUGGAGAAUACGACCCUCUAUUGGAGAAGGUCUACUCGUGUACUAAAGGUGUAGAUGGAGAAACUGUUGUGUUUGAAGUACUGGAUACAGCAGCUCAGGGGGAACAUAGUAAACUUGAAGAAAACAUUAAAUGGGCAGACGCCUUUAUCUUGAUAUAUUCAGUGACAGAUGAAGGUAGUUUUCAGGAAUGCUCAAGACUUAAAUUUCUAAUAAAUUCCUAUGCAAAAAGACAACGUAAAACAAGUAUUUCAUUGGCUGAUGGAAGUAUAACGACGACGCCGGUGUUUCUUGUUGGAAAUCAAAAUGACCGUAUUCAUGAUAGAAUUGUAACCGAAGAACAAGGUGAUCAGAAAUCCCUAGAGAUGGGAUGUGCCAGUUUUUAUGAAAUAUCGGUCCGUGAAUGUGUAGAUAGUGUAGGAAAAAUAUUUACAAACUUAUAUCGAUUGUGUAAAAAAUCAAAACGGACUAGACAAAGUGUCAGCCGACAGCUGUCUUUACCUUCUGUGAUCCCUGAAGAAGUCGACAAAGAACUAAAUAGCCUGACCCUGACACGACGUCGGAAAGGAUUGUUUACUGUCGGUUGAAGACCGUAAUAUAUCAAUAAUCAUGGCGAUCUUUAAUUGAAUUUGGUUGUGAAAUGAUGUUAUAGUGCAAUUCCUGUAAACAACACAAAACCACAGUGCGGAACCCACUCAAUACUCUGAUUAAACGCGGAUUUUGUCGAAUGAGCCAAGUCCACGUUUCAUUUAUACGAAGGAUAUAAAUCUAUUAAAAAAUAGUAUUGAGUCAUCUCGUACCACUUUAAGUCCAUUCCACGAAGUCGUUUUGGAAAGUUUGAAUUUUACUACAAAAUAGAAAUUUAGUUUCCGUCAGUCAUAUAUUCCUUUGAACUUGACAUCAUUUUCAUGGUUCAACGAUUUCUAGAAAAGGUGAUAAUUUUUCAUGUGAAAUACUCACAUAUUAUGACAAAUAGGACAACUAUUUUUCCUAUGUGAUCCUUCCUCAAAUGACCACAUUUCUUGGUUAACACAAUAUCUCAAAUAUCAUAAGCAAUAUGUCAACUCAAUUUGGUGUAUGGAAUGGUUGUAAAAUGUACAUGUCUGUCUAACAGGUUUCAUAUGACCUCGAACUCUUUGUCGCUGUUCAUUGGUCAAUCAGUAACACAGGUAAUGACGAAUGCAUACGAAAUACUAAAAAAACUGGAGUACUACUUUUACUAUAUGGACAAUUUAUCGUAGCUGAACACACCUUAAAAACGACCAUACUAAGAAAUGCUAAUAAAUCAUUACAUCACCAAUAUCAAAUAAGUCUACAUAAAUAACUUAUAUAAGCUUUCUAUAAAAGUAUAAUUGUAAAAACUAUUUUAUAGAAAAAACAAAUUCCGAAACACGUACAUACAGCCAUACAGCGCAAUAAUAAGGGCUAAUAAGGACUUGAGGACACUUUUGCAAAAAGGCAAUGGCUGUGUUUGUCUUUUCAAAGUGUGUGUCCUCUAUCGACUUAGAUGGUCAUAGUUAACUUCAAAAUUAUUGUCGGGGCUGUAUAAUAAACUUACUUACUAAUAUAUGAUUUACGAAAAGUUACGAUGGUCAAUAGGGCAAUGGUACUUCAAGUACAAUGACAUUAAAUCUUUUUGUAAAACACAGAGGUCAAGAGCUGUUUGUUCAUUUUAUA